AUGCCGGAUCCACCUGAACUGACACCUGCGCCCUUACCGCCAGAAGCUGUCCGUCCCGCUCCGCCCUCUGGAGACUCGAGCGAUACCCAGUCCUCCAAACCGCAAGACCUCACUCUGUCUACUAGUGACACAUCUACCAGCGUGGAUAAUCCGUCAGUAGAUCACGACGAAGUGUCGCCCCUUUCGUCAGCCCUCUCGAGCCAUGGGGGAUCGCAAGCAACAGAGACUCUUUCACAACAGGAGGAAAGGCUGAACGCGGAGAACACUGGGGUUGAACAAGGUCAACAGGAAAAGACCAAUUCAACCUCCCAGAGUCCUCCACCACAUACCUCGGGUAUCAAGCGAACCGCGAGUGGUGAAGUCAAGAGAUCGAGUGUGGAUGUGGUGGAAGAGGGUGUCCCCAGACCGAACGGUGUUGGUCCUCAUGCAUCGAGCGCAACUUCAAACCAAACAAAGGGCAAUGUCCUCGAACUCUCACAGCAGUUGCGCACCAGACUGAAAUAUGCCAUGGUCAAAGUCCAGAACGGCUGGCAAUCGCGGUCGUUGGAUGAAGUGGAAUCUUUAGCAUCCCAAUCACCACGGUCAACCGUGUCUGGGUUUCAAAAUCUACACGAUCAACAAAUGCUUUCGCCCAGAACUGCCAUGUCCAGAAAGUAUCAGCGCGAAUCGAGCGAGAGCGAAUCAUCCGACAGCACUGUAGCUCUUGAAAGCCGCGGACUCGUAAACAUGGUUGGCAGUCCUCCAGUGUCAUCGCGUCGCGCUCUUGCUCCCCCAGUCGAUAUUGUUCCCAGUUCUCGCCGACGUCCGACUCCAAAUGCGGGAAUUCAGAGCGUCAACGGAAUCCACGUGCAGACUGGAAACUUGCAUUCGUCAAGGCCACACACGAAUCAACGAACCCCAAGCCAGAAUGCUGCGAUGGAAGCAGACGCGGUAGAAACCCUCCUUUUCAUGGCCAGCCCCAACAACUCGGGAUACAACCCACCUUCCCAUGCUUCGCAAGAUUCUUCCCUCCGCUCUGCACAGGUCUUCUCGUCGCAGACGUCACCACUACGAACACAAUUCAGUCAGACGUCGGUCACCUCACCGAAAAAGGUGGUGUUUUCCGAUGCUGGCUCCACAGCACCACCCUUUGACAAGGGAGCACUCAUUGACCGCAUGCUGGACGAACUAUCUGAUGACAGUGACGAUGAACUGGAGCAAGCAUUCCGACUUGCUGAGAAGAGCAAGGUGUCGGCGCCAGUUUCUACGUGA